AUGGCUGAAACAACCUUGAAAUGGGGAAUUUUGGGCUGUGGGAAUAUCUGCAAUGACUUUGUUAUGGCGUUGGAUAAGACGGAGCGCAAGCAUAAGGUAAAAAAUCAAUUUAUGCAUCGAAGAUCAAUUUAAUAUGAACUGUUUAUUAUAUAUUACAUACAGGUUGUUGCGAUUGGCGCCUCGAGUCUGCAACGAGCUGAAGAAUUCUAUAAAUCCCAUAGUCUUGAUGCUAAAGUUUAUGGGGACUAUGAAUCCGUGCUGGCUGACAAGAAUGUCGAUGUAAUUUACAUAGGCCUUAGGAAUUACCUCCAUCAUGAUCAUGUGAUCAAAGCCUUGAAGGCUGGGAAAAAUGUCUUGUGCGAAAAACCGCUUGGACUAAAUUUAAAGCAGACCCAGAACAUGAUUGAAACUGCAAAGUCUGCUGGAAAAUUACUGGUCGAAGGCUACUGGAGCCUCCAUUUUCCGGCUUAUCGAAAAUUGGACAGCAUUUUGGCUAAAAAAGAAUAUGGAAAAGCCUAUAAAGUUGAAGCCAGCUUUGGGUAUACGUUGGUAAGCCAAGUCGUAAAUUGAAAAUACGGAUAAACUUGUAAACUUAGCCAUCCGAUUUUGUCAAUUUGGAGCGAGGAGAGACUAUGUUGACUACUCUGGGAUGCUAUACGAUUAUGGUCGCGCAUUUUGUUUACAAAACAAAAGGCGAAGUUUUCAAGGUGGACUGGGCGGUCAAUGAAAAAGGUUAGAGGUGUUUUUGGCUUUUAAAAGUUGAAUCCUACGAUUUAGACAUCUUUUUUUUUAUAUCGGCUCAAAUGUCAUAGUUUUUUAUUGGAAAUAUUCUUUUUAAUUAUUUUUUUUCCUAAUGUCUGGGACGUAACAAAUGAUUCUUUGCUUUCUAUUUCACCCCUUCGCUAUCUUUUAAUCACUACAAAACGCAUGACUAUCGAAUACAAUCGUUCUGAAAUGCUCUUCAACACAGCUGAAUGUCAUAUUGAUUACAAAUUUAGACCCGAAAUUGUCUUAUUUUUUAUUUACAACCUCACUUUUAUUACUUCUUACGGCCUUGUCAACAAGUUUUAUCUCUAAUCGCGGCUGUUCAGGUGGUGAUAAGCGGACGAAAUUGACCUUGAACUUCGGCGAGGGAAAACAAGCCGUGUUGACUUUUGACGAAACUCAGUCGUUGGAAAACAAGCUCAAAGUGCAUUGCGAACGAGGAGUUAUUGAGGUAAAGUUUGUCCCCGGACAUAAAGAUAUGACAAAACCAUGAUAAACGCAUUAAAAAUGAAGAAAAAAUGGAUCCUUUUGCAUCCCUUCUCUGACCGAUUGUGGUUGUUUCUCUAGGGCAGAAGAAACAGGUACAGUGGGGGACCUGAUCCAGUGGCAAAAAAAGUAUCAUUUUACAUCCGGGAAGUUUCAAAAAUGUGGCAAAAUGCUUCCCUCUCCAAGUGAAAAAUCUCCGAUUUCAAAAGCGCUCCGCUGUUUUUGUGAGGAAAAGGGCGCGCGCUUCAAAAGAGAGAGAAGCAUUUUGCGACAUUUUUGAUACUUCCCGGAUGUAAAAUAAAACUUGCUGUUUUUGUGAGGAAAAAGGGCGCGUCCUUCAAAACGAAGUUUUUUCACUUGGAGAGGGAAGCAUUUUGCCACAUUUAUGAUACUUCCCAGAUGCAAAAUGGCACGCCUUUUUGCAACUGAAUCAGGUCGCCACUGUUUAAUCAGUCGUUUAAGGGAUGCAAGGAGAUACAUUCUGCUUUAUUUUGAAUGCGUUUGACAUGAUUUUUGUUAUAUCUGUAUGCCUGGGAAGUGUAUGACCCGAUUUUUUGUAACGGAUAAACCUUCAACAACUAAACAUGAGACGGCAAUAUUUCAGAUUGACCAACCCUUCUGGUGCCCAACUUUACUCACCACGAUUACUGGCGAAGGCAGUCAAAACUACGAAUUUCCUUUGAAUGAUGACAGAAAAUUCAAUUAUCCGAACAGCUCCGGACUAAGAUAUGAAAUAGAUCACAUUUAUGAUACGAUUGUCAGAAAGAAGACUCAAAGUGAGAUUGUGAGCUUUGACUUGAGCAUAAACGUUCAACAAGUUGUUGAUGAAGUCAGAGCCAAAAUGGGAAUCAAGUUUCCAGCUGAUGGAGAAUAAGAUAUUGGAUAUGUGACAUGAAAACCGCUUAACCUAAAUAAAAUAUUCAUUGUAGAAUAAGAUGAUAAAUUGUUUCUGUAAUCGAAAUAUGAGGCCAAAUAGUCGUCCUCAGAACAAAGUUUUAUGUGAAGAAGAUCAGAGGAGGUGGGCAAAAAUUCGCUGUCCUCUGUCAAUCAACUUCUUUUUACAUUCUUCCAAAAAUAUUGGAGUGUAAUAACAACAAAUUACAUCUAUGUAUUGAAUCCGAUAGUUUGUUAGGCACCAAACGGACACCACUGUAUUUUGUAGCCGACAUCAUUUUUAAAAACUUUUACUAAACUUGUGAUGUAAUGAUCUAACUCUCGAUUGCAAUACUAUGGAUAUAUCCAAUCUUGCUUGGAGAUAGAGCUAUGGGCCUUGCCUCAGAUUUCUUCAAGAUUUGAGCCUUGACCACUUCCUCUAUUCCUCUAUCAUCUCAAAGUUCAAUCGUUCCCAUCCUUCGCUUCCGAUUCUUCCAAUCAAGCAUGAUGCCAUUGUUAUUUCCGCAAAAGAUAAGGCCCAAAAACACAUGAAUCAGAUCAAGAAAAACUGACUCAAAUUGAUUUCAAUCGAAAACACGAAGAUUAAUCAGGUCUCUUCGAUAAGGGUAUAAAGACGAUCUUCAAGGCCAUUUCCGACGGCGGCUGUUGGGCGGUCAUUGAUCGUGGAAGUUGUUUGUUCGUUUCUUAUCAGUAAUCGGUGAUAAAAUUGGGAUCGAUGUCUGAUUAGUUGCAAAUCCUGUUUAUUUUGAGACGGGGAGGAGUUUUGGGCCACGGUGAGGUCGUUAAAUGAGCCUUGGGUCAUGGCGUUAGAUUUAGGCAAACAUUUUUAAGGGAGGUCUUAAGAAGGCCCCUAGUGAGUUAGUUCUUGUUCUAAGCAAAGUUUCUUGUAAGCAAGUUGAACUUACAAAGCCCACGGUAUUACUUUGAUUGUGCCGUGAUUUUGCCAAUAUUGGCCUUUGAUGAGUGUGACUAAAUUGUCUAAUUUUUAGAAUGAGAUCACUAGUGAUCAUUGUCGCCUUGUUCGGCGUUAGCUGCGCCCUCCGCCAGCAAGCCGUUGGAGCUGAGGGUACCCUCUUGUGCGGUGACAAACCCGCCACCAAUGUUCGUGUUGCGCUUUGGGAUGAGGAUGACGGUAGAUUUUCUUGAUAUUGCAGAGAAGUUACAAGAAAAAAGAAGCUGACACUAGCCUUAGAAAUGACCUGGAUAUUUCUGAAAUUGCGUGUGGCAUUUUUUGUUCUAGGCCGAAUAACAGGACCACAGUACAACCUUAAAACAAACAUGUUUUAGGCCCCGACCCAGACGACAAGUUGGCCGAAGCCCGCACCGACAGCAACGGCUACUUCAAGAUUCACGGCUCGACCCGCGAACUGACCAACAUCGACCCCAGACUGAAGUUCUACCACGACUGCGACGAUGGAAUCAAGCCCGGUCAACGCAAGGUCAAGCUCGCCAUCCCCAGCCAAUACAUCUUCAGCGGAACUGAGCCAAAGAAAUGGUUCAAGUUGGGAACCUUGAACCUGGAGAGCAAAUUCCACAAGGAAGAGAGGGAUUUGUUGUAA